AGUUGGACUCUCCACGAGUCAAAAGCCCAUUUCAAUUUCUCGCGCCCCUCCAGCUAAAUUAAUCAUCAGGUCAGUGUGAUUGUGCGUCAAUUAGGACACCGGGUGUGUUUCAAUCGCCGAAUAAUGACCCAUUUAUAGCUCAUGGAAUUGAUUUGAUUAUUAAAACGUUUCGUUAAAACUUGGCAAAGACAACUUUCACCGUCCGUUUUCGAGUCGACUGCGACUCAAUAAUUGUCGAGGUGGCGUGGAGCACAGCUGUGAUGGAGUUACAGAGUUGGUUACUCUAUCAUCUGGUAGCUGUUACUGACUGCAAUCAAGUGAUGCAGUCGGCGGCUACCGGUGGUGGAGUGUAUUCAGCAAAUGGUACAGGAAGUAGAGCCCGAGAUUUGGGUCUGAGGGCUCAGAAAAAAUUAUUGGGACGGGUUGUUUCCACUGGAGCUGGAAGAUCGCUAUUCAUAGACGAUGCAACAACAUCAUUACUCGAUAAUUUAUUCAAACUCAUGGAGAGGGUGGCCAAGAGCCAUCCAGAUAUGGACAAAAAACAGCCGGAAAAAGUCCUCAAGAACAUCGUUAAAUUGUCAAUUAAGAUAGGAUUGUUACAACGUAAUCAACAACUGGGUCCAUCCGACGAGGCGAAACUCAAUGAGAUAAGGACAAGCCUGAAAGCGAUAGCCAUGGGUGUUGUUUCUUUUCACGAGCUUGAAUUCAGUUUUGAUCGUUUGUACUUAACGAGAUCCUUAGAACGCUGCCGGACAGCAAUAUUAUCCCUUAUCAAACCCCAUCUAACUGAUAAAUCUCAAGAUCGAUGCGACAUGGUCUUCGAUUUUCUCACCAAUCCAGAUUUCCUGGAUUCUGUCUUCAGACAAGACUCCGAACACCGUCCAACACUUGGUCUUCUCGUUGGAGAUGUCAAUAAAGCCCUCGAUGCUGGUCAUCUUUGAUUCAAUCAACUGACAACUCAUCAGUGAAAUUUUUCAAUAUCCAGAUCAAACCACUAUUUAAUUCACUAAUUGCAUCUCCAAUCAGAAUUCUGUCAUUGAGAAAAUAAUAAAAUCUGCGACUCGCCAGUACAAAAAUGGAAAUUUAGUUUUCAGAAUUAAAAGUUGAAGAAGAAGUCUGUGAGGAUCCAAUCAAAAAUUUCCAAAAAUCGUUCUAGAAUGAGUAAUCAAUUAAUUAGAGUAUCAAUUAAUUUAUAUGAACCAUGAGGUUCGCUGCAUCUCCAAUGAUGUAAUCAUUCCUUUGGAUAAUCUUUUGGUUCUAUGAUAUGGAAUUCAUGGAAUCUAUUUUCCUUCACCGCAAAACACUUCGCACGAUAACAAUAAAAAGAGAAACAGAUCAGUGAGUUUUGUGUCAUGACUGUUCAGUAGUCGCUCGAUUUCACAUUCAUUGUUUAUGACCCACUCGCAGGCUCGAAUCGCGUACGACAUGUGCGUUAUAAGUUUAUUCCAUUGUAAAUGUAAGAGAUGAAAAAUUCAUUUAAUCGUCAUGUGAGGAGAAAUCCCCGUCAUGGGAGGAGAAAAAUUGAAACAAUUAAAAACGAUAUUACUUUUACAGUAGAGACCAGAAAAUCCACCUAAUAUAUUAAAUGGACCUUGAUGAAUGAGUUAGCGGAUUUAAAUGUGUACAGUAGAAUCUCGUUAUAGUCGCACCUUUUCUCAAUUUCUGUUUUCGCGUACUUCCGGUUUACCCGUUCUACUACUUCCGGACUACAAGGUGUAAACAAUCCAUCAUACCGUCCGGUGAGGAAUUGAAUUCCGUGACAAAUAAAGCCGAAAGAUAAAUUCCUUUCGUAUUCGAACUUCCUACAAAAAAAUUCACGCACGCGAUUAUAACUGGAGACUACUGUAGUAUUUGUCGAUAUGUAUUAUAGCCUAGAUUAGUUAUUUCAGAAUGUUAUUUAUAAUUAUUUUUGAGUAAUUUAAUUGAGUAGGACGGUGAUAAAAGUAUUGGACAAAAAAAGAUGAAAGAGUCAGAUUUAAGUGAAAAUGUAGAGAUAAUUGGAAAAUUUGUUCGUUUCAUCUUUUUUUUUUGGUUCGAUGCGGAAUUUAAAAUUAUACCAAACACUAUUUAUUUUCAUCCAAAUAUUUUUUAGUCGAGAGUUUUUACUGUUUUAAAUAAUUACAGCUGUAAAUGGAGGAAAUUGUCCGGUGAUUAUUGAAUGAUUAAUUUUUCUGUGAAUGAAAUCAAUCAAAGAAACCAAAAAAUACGUAAAUCUUGUCACCAAUGAGCUUAUCAAGGAGAUAUAAUAGCUGAAGAGGCUCAAAUUACGAUUUCAAUUUUGGAUUCUAAAUUAAAUGUUCGUAAAGCGAAAAAACAAUUGAAAAAACAAUCGCAACGGCUAAAUGGACAUAUCUCCCUUUACUGACCAAAAAGUGAUGGACAGAUUUCGUUCGUUAAGUGAAACUCAGAAUAAAAAUAAAUAAAAUAGAUUAAAGAACAUGGAAAUUUAAUCGUUCAUGAUUUUGUAGACGUGUCCAUUUUGGAAGAAAAAUUAUACACGACCUUUACACAGCGAUUCGAUGCAUUAUUUAUAAGAAUUGUACCUCUAUGUGAUGUAUUACCAUAUCGUUUUACCAUGAAUAAAUUAUUUGUAAUGAAAAAUCA